UGCAGCACGCACGACGUCACGUUUGCGUGUAGUCCUCAGCGGUUACCGGAAACUACAUAUCCCAGCAUGCCUCGGUGAACCGACCACAUCCCGGGAGAGAGGGGGUCGGCGUCGAACCUGUGUUUACUUCCGGAUUUCCUGUAUAUGGCAGAGCUCGCAAACAGCCACUCCACUUGCCCCGUGAGCCCAGCGAGAGCCCCGUGGCCCGAACCGACCCGAGACCGUCCCCGGUGGAGCGCGAUGCUUCGGUGACCGGAGAGCCGCCAUACUCCGGCCGCAGCGGGGAGAUUAGCGCAGCCUCGCGCGACCAUUCAACACAGAAAGUAUCCUUCUGCCACCCUUCGCCAAACGUCAAAGUCAAUGCGGUCCUCGAUCGGAGCGCCGGAGCUCAUCCACGUCUCGUGCGCCCAUCAUUAACGCCGAGCACGAGAACCGGAGAUUAAACGCGACCGAGAGCCGACCCAGACUCCGUUAGCUCGGGCUACCGGGAUACGACGACGGGGGACGGGAUUUAUCCCUUUCGGUCAUCAUGGAGUGGUUAAUGGGGAAGGGCAAAGGGAAGCCCAACGGAAAGAAGCCGCCCACCGAGGAGAAGAAACAUUACCUGGAUGCAGAAUACACCAAAGUAAGAGUCGUCGACUUCGACCUCAAGGAGCUGGUGGUUUUGCCGAGAGAGAUCGACCUGAACGAAUGGCUCGCUAGCAACACCACGACGUUCUUCAAUCUCAUCAACCUGCAGUACAGCACAAUCUCAGAGUUCUGCACGGGAGACACGUGUCCGGCCAUGACCGCCUGCAAUACGACGUACUACUGGUAUGAUGAAAAAGGGAAGAAGACGAAAUGCACAGCGCCGCAGUACGUGGAUUUCGUCAUGAGCUCCGUCCAGAAGCUGGUGACCGAUGAAGACAUCUUUCCCACCAAAUACGGUAAAGAGUUCCCCAACACCUUCGACUCGCUGGUGAAGAAAAUCUGCAGGUAUCUCUUCCACGUCCUGGCCCACAUCUACUGGUCCCACUACAAGGAGACGGUGGCCAUGGACCUGCACGGACACCUAAACACACUCUACACGCACUUCAUGGUUUUUAUAAGGGAAUUCAAUCUGAUGGACCCCAAGGAGACGUCCAUGAUGGACGAUCUGACGGAGGCCCUGUGCACUCCUCUGCCUCCUCAGCCACAGAACCACGUGACGGAGAGAUGAGUCCGGCGCCGCUGCGUCUCGGACCUGCCAAGCCGGGGUUCAGAAGGACUGCUGGGACUCACAGACCUUCUCCACCCUCCCGAACAUUGCUCUCUUUAGGACCCAGUGUAAGGAGCGCUCAGCCAGGCCUCUCGCCGAAUGACCUCAGACGCGGCCGUCUAACCCUUUAACCAAGAACAACCCGACCACGCUUCGGUUUCCUCCUUUCUUUGGCGUCUUCCCUCGUCUUUGCAGUUUCCCCUCUCUUGGUUUCGUAAGGGUGUCGGCCCGGUCCUUGUGUACGGUAUAAAGGUUUCUUUUUCAUUUUUAUAGGGUAAAAGGGGUGUGUGUGCGUGCGUGCGCGUCUGCGCGCGUGUGUGUGUGUGUGUGUGUGUGUUCAAGGCUUUUGCACUCAGGAACUGAGAGAGCUGUCAAUGCUACCUGCUCACCCUUAAGCCUCUCGGUGUCACUUUACUCAUCAUAUAGCAAUCCCAUCCUCUAAAACGCCGGCCCUCUACUUAUAUGGGACAGACUUGUGUUGCAUAUUAGCAUGUUAACCACUGUAGAGGAGAGCCGAGUUGAUUCGGGCGGCCAUUUUGGCUCCAGGGCCUGGGUUUCACGCGUUCUCCCUGGAGAAUGACAAGGACAUUGGCGUUGUCUGCUGUUGAACCCGAACGCCUGCUCGCCAGGCUCUGGAAACGGCCUGCAAUCAUGUCUAGCCUCAUCCCGAAAAGACGAUUCGUGAAUGGAAAAGAAUGUACACUUAAGUCUCUACGUAUCGAUUGCAAAGAUUAUUAUCUUGGAGCGACUGAGAGAGCGAGAAAAAGAGCGACGGAUGUUUUAGUUCUCCCUUCAUCACUGUUCAGAGAGUUUGUGUUGCGACGAGAAGAUCAGACUUUUCCUUUUAAUUUAAUUUAUUUCUUGGUUUUCUUUUUUCCUUUUCGUUUCGGUUUUAGUUGACGUUUUUCAGGGCUCCUCAGUUCUGGCUUUUGUUUUAUGUAUUUUAAUAAUACUUUAAGUUAAAAGCGAUUUAAUAUUUUAAGCUCUGCAAAUUAUAACCUAAUAAAAUAUUUAAAAGUCACAAA